AUGGGCAAUAAACCAAGUGCCAUCGAGAGCUGCUUGAUUUCUGCAGUGGGCGGUGACAAGGGACUCAUCGCAGGGCAGUCCACCAUCGGAUAUCAGUUAUCACACGUCAAGCCGUACAAUCUCGACAUUCCCGUGAAACCCUCAGCAGUUACAUACCCGAAGACGUCAGAGCAAGUCGCCGCCAUCGUCAAAUGCGCAGUGGACAAUAGCCUGAAGGUCCAACCUCGUAGUGGUGGACACAGUUACGCCAAUUAUGGAAUCGGUGGCGAAGAUGGAUCGAUCGUGGUGGACCUCAAGAACUUCCAGCAAUUCAGCAUGGACAAAACGACAUGGCAAGCAACCAUCGGAGGCGGAACGCUUCUUGGUGAUGUAACCAAACGCCUGCACGACAACGGCAAUCGAGCUAUAGCCCACGGAACUUGUCCACAAGUCGGCAUCGGAGGACACGCUACCAUCGGAGGCCUGGGACCCAGUUCGCGCAUGUGGGGAUCAUCGCUGGACCACGUGCAAGAAGUUGAAGUAGUUCUUGCCAACUCUUCCGUUAUUCGCGCAUCGGAAGACCAGAACGCCGAUGUGUUCUGGGCGCUGAAAGGCGCGGGAGCGGGAUUCGGCAUCAUCACGGAGUUCAAAGUGAGAACGCAGGCCGAGCCUGAUCAGACGACGCUCUACAGCUAUGGCAUCCAGGCCGGUAGCGCACAGGACAAGGCGACUGCGUUCAAAAAAUGGCAGGAGCUCAUAUCGGAUCCGGACCUUUCGCGUAAGUUCGCCUCGCAGUUCAUCAUGACUGAGCUUGGUGUGGUGGUCACCGGCACGUUCUUUGGUCCCCAGUCCGAAUUCGACAGCCUCAACAUUUCCAGCCGACUUCCCGAUGCUGACGAAAGCGUCGUUGUGCUCGACGACUGGCUCGGUGUUGUCGGUCACUGGGCCGAGGAUCUAGCGCUCGAGCUCGCCGGAGGUAUCCAAUCCAAUUUCUAUGCCAAAUCGCUCGCCUACACCAAAGAUGAUCUCAUCCCGGACGCCGCGGUCGACGACCUCUUCAAGUACAUUGACUCCACCGACAAAGGCACCCUCGCGUGGUUUCUCAUUUGGGACCUCGAAGGCGGCGCCAUCAACGACGUUGCGCCCGACGCUACCGCCUACGGCCACCGCAAUGCGCUGUUUUACCACCAGGCAUACGCCGUCAACCUAUUCGGCCGCGUUGACGACACCAUCCGGGACUUUCUCACAGGUCUGAACAAAGUUGUCACGGAUGCGCUGGGCCAUGACCUUGGAGCCUACGCCGGGUAUGUUGAUCGUGCGCUGGGGGAUGAUGGACCAAGCAAGUAUUGGGGUGAUAAUCUGGAGCGCCUGCAGCAAAUCAAAGCGGUCGUGGAUCCCGAGGAUGUGUUCCAUAAUCCGCAGAGUGUGCGUCCGAAGGCUUAG